AUGUCUCAACCAAGUGGAUACUAUAAAAGUAAAAGUCAAGUUAAGAAUAGCUUUGGCUUGAAGCCAAAAAGAACUUAUCAGAAACUUCAUCACAAAACGCUCAGUGUUAAUAAUCCUCUUGGGAAAAGUCAGUUGAAAGAACAGAAAAACAAUAAAGUUGACAAACAUCAUAAUGCAAAUCAACUUACACGAAGUAUUGAUCCAGCGCAAAAAUCAGAAGAAAGUCUGGUUAAAGAUGAUAAAAUAUCAAAGAUUUUCUCGAAUGAAAGUUCCCCAGUUCCUGACGUGUCAUAUUUAACGAGUUCUGUAUCAUCUAACUCUCAGUCUAACCGGAAUAUCCACUAUGCAUUUAAAGAAUACUUUAAUGAGGUUAAAAUAAAUCAUUCAGAAGAAAUCGGUUUUCAAUCCAAUCAUAUGAAAAAUAAUUUGCUUCCACUUGUUGAACGCAAGUUGGAUAUGGAAAAGCAUUUUGUUGAUGAUCAAAAUUACAGGUUAAAAGACGGUGGUGGCGUUUGGUUACAUCAAUCAUUUACUACAGAAAUCCAACCUAUUGAGAAAUCAGACAAUGAUUACUCUAGUGAUUUUAGUGAUGAAUGUUCUUUAGUUUCAUCUAUCUCAUUGUCCAAGACCCACAAACUACUUUCUGUGGACAGACUAAACAAUGAUAAAGAAAUGAAUGGAAUUCGUGAGUCAGUUUUAAUGACUCGGACUUCUGGUUUUACUAUACCAGUCAAGUUAAUCGAUAAUACUAACGAUGGGAUGAACGUGAAGGUUAUAGACUUUGAACAGGCAAACAGACUACCAAAUCAUCAUUAUAUUCCCUCACAUGUAAAGUGUAGAGCAAAAGACUUAUUAAAAUUGGUUAGUCUAUCUUUAAAUGAGUUUACCAAUGUAUUCGAGUUGAAACCACUAGAUGAUUAUGAAUUUUAUGUACUUAAUUCAAAUAAAUGUAAAAAUUGGAAUCAUUGUCAUGUUCAAACAAAUGAUGAUACAUUUCAUAGAGAAGUACAGACCGAAUCAAUUGAUAUCUCUCAUGAUGUAUGGACUCAACAACCAUCUGAUGAGAAUGGCGAAUUUUGUGGAAGGGUUGGUAACAACAAUAACUCUCAUAUAAAUGAUUCCUAUAAUUUAUCUUAUUCUAAUGAUUUCAAUCAUGUUUCAUCCAAGACAAUUAUACAUGAAUUGGCUGAAGAAUUUUGCCUGGGAGUUAACACUUAUAAUACUACUGUGAAUGAUAAAACUGAGCAUGUUACUAAUACUUUCUCAGUAAACGAACUCAAUGCACCUAAAAAUUCCACCUCCAUGGUGAAUCCCGAUCAUCGAUUACCUGGUAGUUUAUUAAAAAUUCUUCAAUUAAUGUUGAAUUUAAUCAAUGAAGAAACUUUGGCAAAUUUAUCGUAUUUACCCAAGGAAAGUAUCACAGAUCGAAAUGAUUUGCAGUCGAUUGAAAAUGAUUUUGUAGAAAUAUUUUUUCAGUUGAAAGAUGACUGCUUUUCAGUAGAAUCUAAAUUUGACCGUGGCUAUAAUGACAUUCAAAAUAAGGAGUUGCAAAAUACAUCAUCUAAAAAUAACGUUAUCUCAGUUAAUGCAAAUGAAAUAAGUAAACUUCAAAGCUUCUCCUACUUUUGGGAAAAUUAUGAAUGUGUUGCGUGUGAUUGUGCACCACAAAGCCAAACAGUAAUUUUAACCAUUCAUCGACCAGUUAGGCUUAAUCAAGAACAAGAAGAAAUAAAAAGUCUUUUUAAUUAUAGCAGAAGUGCUGGUGAAUUCAUAUGUAUAUGGACAGAAAUUGGUGUGAAACUAUUGCCUGACCGUCUACUUUAUUGUCCAGGCUUAUCAGAAACUGGUCUAAAAGGCGCCAAUUUAAAUUGUGCAGUAUUUAGUCCAGAUAAUAAUGCAGAUUUGGUAAUUGCUGGUCUACACGACGGAGGUCUGUCUUUUUGGGAUCAACACAAGUAUUUCAAUGAAAUACCGGUGAAAUCAACAAAUUUAUCGAUUUUAGCUGACGUUCAACAUCAGUCUGUUUCCACCGGAUUCAAUGAAUUUUUAAACCUACCUGUUUUAUUACCAACAUAUAAAACAUCACUUGUAGAAUACAAAGAUUCCACAAAUACAUGCAAGCUUCAAUCAUUCGUCAACUGUGUGACUCAACAAUAUAAUCACUUUAGUCCAAUUAUAUCUGUUAAAAUUAUAGUCGGAGAUCAUCAUAGGUAUCGUGAACUAGUAGACGAAUCAACUACAGACAUAGAUAAAUUUCAAUUGCUUGCAUUAGACGAAAUCGGUAACAUUAGUUUAUGGCUAGUAUUGAUGAAUCAAAAAUAUAAAGUACAAAAUACUAUAGAAUGCCUUGCAGGCUCACAAAUAGAUUACUGUUUAUCUCCCGGCACUGGUCGAUUACGUAUAAUUCGCCUACUGUUUAUGGAGUACAAAUCAACACAAAUAAAUAUUCCAGCUUCAUUAACAGAGAAUAGUCUAAAAUUUCAAAUAGAAGAGAAUAAUUGGAAUCUGUCAAAUCGGUUGAAUAAUAAAGUUAUAACCACUUGUUUAGCUAUAACGAAACACGGGAAUUUCUUGAUUGGUUGUAGCAAUGGUCAAAUUAUACAUCGAGGACGUACACCUAAUCAAACAGUUUUUCCUAAACUAUUUUCACGAAUAUUAUGUUGUUCAGCUGUACAGACAUUAGAAACUCAUCCAAAUGCAGAAUUGCAUAUAUUCAUCGCAGGUUAUACAGAUGGUAAAAUUUGUUUAUAUAAAACAAAUUACUUUCAACCUAUACUUGAAUGGGAUGUUACGUCAUCAGUGACAAUAACAAAUUUAUCCAAAAUAAAACUAACUAAAAAUAAAGAUGACACAGUAGCACCAAUUUCAGAAUUAACAUCAGAGAUUUCAGUUAAUCGUUCAUUUAUGAGUAUUCGUAAACUUAUUUGGUCAGCUACUCGUUCUUCAGUAUUUUUCAGUUUGGAUUCAAAUAAUCAAAUAAUUUUAUGGGAUAUUGUAAACAUAUUCAACCUGGCUAAUAAUUCUUUACGUUUAAAUGAUACAAACUCCAGCUUGAAGAAUGAUUAUCCGAUAAAUGUGAACCUGAAUGAUAAAAAAAUACUGUCUUGUCAAAUUAAUGAUAUUUGUAUAAGUAAAAUGCCAUGUUCGGGACAUAUUAACCGAAUUUCAUCAUCCUCAAUAGCACCGAUUUUGACUCAUUCAUCACCUUUAAUCGUUUUAUUCUAUCCGCAUAAAAUUAACAUACACUGGAUUAAUUCCCGUUGGGUAAAUGAAUCAGUGAACGAAAAUACUUUAUUAAUGAACACCUUCGAUUGUUUAAGUAGUAUCAGUUAGCCUGAAAUUUGAUCAUUUAUACCUAUGAAUGUAAUCUUUAUUGAUCGGAUAAGUGAUUUCGAGUAUUUCUUUAUGUUUCUUUACUGAUAAUUCUAUUGCUCAGUUUUAAAAAUUGAAGUAAAUUAAGCAGAUGUAUAUAAUACAAAUUGUAAAUGAAUGAACCAUUAUUAUUAUUUUUUCUUCGAAUACGGAUCUAUGCUUAUGUGUGAAAACGUUUUUCUGUUAGAUAUUCUCACAGUUCAAAUAUUUACAUUACAUUUACAUAUACUAGUGUUAAGUGGUUACUAUGUCAACAAUGCUUUUUUAAACAAUUAUAAUUAAUCCUUCAUUGUUCACGGGAAAAAAAUAAACAAUAUAUAUUUCUUCACUUUUA